AUUUUUCAUCCCAUAUCCGGUUCAACUUCGGUACUUCGAGUCCCAGUCACCAUGAAGUUCACUACUUUGUUGUCGGCCGUUUUCUUGGCCAUUGGAGGUUUCCUCUUUGGUUAUGACAGUGGUAUCAUCACCAGUACCAUCGGCCAGCCCGAGUUCAUCAAGUACUUCUCUAACCCCAGCGACAACACUACUGGCGGUGUCGUCUCUGCUUUCCAAGGUGGUGCCAUCCUGGGCACAAUUAUCAAUGUCUACACUGGUGAUCGUCUGGGCCGAAAGCUCAGUGUGUUUGCGGGAGCUUGUAUCUCGAUCUUUGGCUGUGCUCUUCAGGCCGGUGCGGUUAACAUGGCGAUGCUAAUCGUCGGUCGAUUCAUCGCUGGUGUUGCAGUUGGAAUGCUCACAAGUGUUGUUCCCAUGUACAGUGGAGAGAUGGCUGAAGCUUCUUCGCGUGGUAUGAUGUCCGGUCUGCUGCAGUGGAUGCUGAGCUGGGGAUAUCUCGUGGCUCAGUGGCUGGGAUACGGGUGCAACUUCGUCAACUCCCCCUUCCAAUGGCGAUUUCCUCUCGCAUUCCAGUGCAUCCCGGGUGUCAUCUUGGCCUGUGGUGUGUGGUUCCUGAACGAGUCCCCUCGCUGGUUGAUGGAGAAGGACCGCCAUGACGAGGCCCUCGCUACUCUCCAAAGACUCCACGGCGAUGGAACUCCCGAGAAGGAUCAAUAUAUCGAGCUCGAGUUCCAGGAGAUCCGUGACACUAUCGAGGCGGAGCGUGCCUCCAUCAAGAUCACUUGGUCCUCGAUCCUGACCAAGCCUACUUGGCGCCGUCGUCUGAUUCUAGGCUGUGCCGUCCAGGCUUUUGGUCCUCUUUCCGGAAUCAACGUUAUCAACUACUACGGAACUCGCAUCUACGCCUCCCUGGGUUUCGACACUCAGACCACUCUCAUGAUCAUCGGUAUUUCUGGUGCUUUGUCUAUCGUCUACUGCACUGGUGGCCUGUGGGCCCUGGAACGUGUCGGCCGCAUCAAGCCUCUCAUCAUCGGUUCUGCCGGUAUGGCUCUUGCCCUCGUCUGCAACGCCGCCAUGUCCCAGCACUAUGAUGAUACCAACACCAACCAACUCCGUGCCAUGGUCGCCAUGAACUUCGUCUUCAGCUUCUUCUACACCUUCAUCGGCAUCAUCUCCUGGGUGUACCCUGCGGAGAUCUUCCCUGUUGAUAUUCGUAACCAGGGUAACUCGAUCACGACGUUCACCAACUGGACCAUUAACUUAGUUUUCGCUCAGUUCUCGCCUACUGCUCUGACCAACAUCGGUUUCCGCUACUUCUACGUCUUCUUCGUGUUCAACAUCAUUGCCGGAUUCUGCUACUUCUUCUUCUUCCCGGAGACUAAGGGCAAGACUCUUGAGCAGAUGGAUGUGCUUUUCGGAGAUGCCAAUGUUCCUCCCAGCAGUGUCGAGAAGCAGGAGACUACUCUUGUUGAGCAUGUGCAAUAGGUUCGCGGGUGAAACGUUGGAGCCGUCAUCCUUGAAGGGAUGAGUUGUGAUUUAGUCAUCUUAGUGGUGUUAUGGAGGCUGUGUGCUGGGCAAGUGAUAGUGGGCAGAAGCAGUUCAGUAUAUAGUCUGAAUAUCUAAUGACAAGUGGGCUUUAUUGCUCAUCUAAGGAAUAAUAAUGUAUUAUGGACGUGACAAAUGGAAU